AUGCAAACUACAAGUUCACACUCGAAUAUCGAGUCUUUGAGGAGUGAUGACUCAGAGCGUUCAUUACCUCACAAUCAAGUCCUAAUGCACGGCGGGGAUGGCAGCAGCAGCUCGCCCAGUGAGCGCAACAACUAUGAUGAUGAAAAGGCAAAUAUGGAAACCUCGGCAUCGAGUGGCCAUGGACACAAAGACAACCAACUAGAUAGGCUGAAGAGCAAGGACUAUAUUGUCCCCAAAAGUGAACGUAGAGGGCUGUUACCUCAUCUCGCCCUUAUACCGGAAUUCAAAGAUGCUAGAGAUUAUCCGCCAAUGAUGAAAAAGAUGAUUGUCUUUUUGAUUGCUUUUUCUUCAAUGAUGGGCCCCAUGGGUACAUCAAUCAUAUUUCCAGCGAUCAACGCCAUCACGACUGAAUUCAAAACUUCAGUGAUCAUGGUGAACGUUUCGAUUGGUGUGUAUCUGUUAAGUCUUGGUGUCUUCCCAUUAUGGUGGUCUUCUAUGUCGGAGUUAGAAGGCAGAAGAACUACUUACAUUACUUCUUUUGCACUAUUAUUUGCAUUUAAUAUCGGGUCUGCUUUUGCCCCCGAUAUCAACUCAUUUAUUGCUUUGAGAAUGCUCUGUGGGGCCGCUUCUGCUAGUGUUCAAAGUGUCGGCGCUGGGACAGUUGCAGAUUUAUAUAUUAGUGAAGAUAGAGGCAAAAAUCUAAGUUAUUAUUAUCUCGGUCCACUAUUAGCCCCGCUGUUAUCUCCAAUUAUUGGCUCUUUAUUAGUGAAUCGUUGGCCUUGGAGAUCGACUCAGUGGUUUAUGGUCAUUUUAUCCGGAUGUAACGUCAUUCUUUUGACAGUGUUACUGCCUGAAACCUUAAGAAAACAAGAUUCUAAAGGCGCUAUUGCUCAAAUUCUGGCUGAAAGACGUAUUCAAAUAGAUCGUAACGAACACGGGGAAGUACAAGAAGAUUAUCAGCGAGAAGAUGAACCAAAUCAAGUAGAAAACCAAACUGUCACGUUAUCUGCUGAGAAGCAGAACUAUUUGGGAGAAGUGAGGGACCAGCGCUCCUCAGAUUUAGAAAGUCCGCCCAGCCACAUUACCUAUGACGGACGAGCAGAAGAAAACCAGUUGCAGCGGAUUUAUACCGAGGCAAGUAGAAGCAUGUAUGACUACCAGUUAGAUGAUAGUGGUAUUGAUGCAACAACGGCCCAGGUUACAAAAAUAAGAUCAACAGAUCCAAAGUUAGCAAGAUCAAUCCGCGAAAACAGUCUUCGAAAACUGCAAACCAACCUGGAAGAACAGGUAAAAAAGGUGCUAUCGAAUAAUGGAGGCGAAAUUGCGCCCAAGAAGGUGUCAGCAGUCAGGAAGGUCUGGGAUAUCUUUUUUGUCUAUUUUAUCAAACCUCUAAAAUCUCUAUACUUCCUACAAUACCCACCCGUGGCACUUGCGAUAACAUUUUCUGCAAUUUCCUUUUCCACAGUGUACUUCGUUAAUAUGACAGUGGAAUAUAAGUAUUCAAGGCCGCCUUACAACUUCAAGCCAUUAUACAUCGGUCUUCUGUAUAUUCCAAAUUCGGUAACUUACUUUUUCGCCUCUAUUUACGGGGGACGUUGGGUAGACAUGCUGUUGAAAAGAUACAAAGAGAAAUAUGGGAUUCUUGCGCCUGAAGCCCGUAUAUCAUGGAAUGUCGUUACGUCUGUAAUAUCCUUCCCAAUUGCCCUAUUGAUCUUUGGCUGGUGUUUAGAUAAAAAGUGCCAUUGGGUAACGCCAUUAAUUGGAACAGCUCUUUUCGGAUAUGCCGCUAUGAUGACGAUUGGGGCCACCCUUUCUUAUUUGGUCGAUUCUUUGCCGGGAAAGGGUGCUACGGGCGUUGCGCUGAACAAUUUAAUCAGGCAAAUCUUGGCUGCAACAGCUGUAUUUGUCACGACACCCAUGUUAAAUGGCAUGGGAACCGGUUGGACUUUCACAAUGCUAGCCUUUAUUGUGCUCGGUGCCAGUAGUGUGCUCAUCAUAUUGAAAAAACGUGGUGAUUACUGGAGAGAGAACUACGAUUUGCAAAGAUUGUACGACAAGAUUGACUGA